GCCCGGGGCUCUGAGCCACUAGCUUCUCGGGGAUCGGGACUUCGCGACCAGCUGCCCGAGCUCCCUCCUCGGGCGUAACCCAUUCAGCUGCGGCAGCAUCGCGGGCAGUGAGUUUGGGGGAAAGGGGGAACCCGAGGCUCCUUUGCUUCAACCCCGAAUCCCGUCCCACCCGGCCAUGAGGCUUCUGCUAGGGCACCUCAGGCAGUCUGGGUUCGAGGGAGUUGGAGCGAGGGAUGGGGCAGUCCCCUCACCGCCAACUGGGAAAAGGCUGAGAGGCCACAGGGAGUGCCUGGAAGGUGGGAUUGCCGCGAGGUUGGGGAAACGGGAUGGAAGUGGCUUGGACCCAGUGAGAGGGGCACAGUUGGGGCCGGCUGGGGCCGCAGGCGGUAACGCGGCCCCUGGCCCUCCCCAGCCCCGGGGCCCGCCCUCCACCCGGGCGACGAGGCGGAGGGCAGGGAAGACCAUGGCCCGCCUCUUCAGCCCCCGGCCGCCCCCCAGCGAAGACCUCUUCUACGAAACCUACUACAGCCUGAGCCAGCAGUACCCGCUGCUGCUACUGCUGCUGGUGAUCGUGCUCUGCGCGCUCCUGGCGCUGCUGGCUGUCGCCUCCGCCAGCGGCCGGGAGCUAGCUUCAGACCCAGGCUUCCUGACCACUGUGCUGUGCGCGCUGGGUGGCUUCUCGCUGCUCCUGGGCCUGGCUUCCCGGGAGCAACGACUGCAGCGCUGGACACGUCCCCUGUCGGGCCUCGUAUGGGCAGCGCUACUCGGGCUAGGCCACGGCUUCCUGUUCACUGGGGGCCUGGUGAGCGCCUGGGACCAGGUGUCCUUUUUCCUCUUUGUCAUCUUCACCGUGUAUGCCAUGUUGCCCUUGGGCAUGCGGGAUGCCGCUGCUGCGGGCCUUGCCUCAUCGCUCUCCCACUUGCUGGUCCUGGGGCUGUACCUUGGGCCUCAGCCGGACUCAAAGCCUGCGCUGCUGCCACAGCUGGCAGCGAACGCGGUGUUGUUCCUGUGCGGGAACGUGGCGGGAGCGUAUCACAAGGCGCUGAUGGAGCGCGCGCUGCGCGCCACAUUCCGCGAGGCACUUAGCUCCCUCCACUCGCGCCGGCGGCUGGACACCGAGAAGAAGCACCAGGAACACCUUCUCUUGUCCAUCCUUCCUGCCUACUUGGCCCGAGAGAUGAAGGCAGAGAUCAUGGCACGACUGCAGGCUGGACAGGGGUCACGGCCAGAAAGCACCAACAACUUCCACAGCCUCUAUGUCAAGAGGCACCAGGGAGUCAGUGUGCUGUAUGCUGACAUCGUGGGCUUCACCCGGCUGGCCAGUGAGUGCUCUCCUAAGGAGUUGGUGCUCAUGCUCAACGAGCUCUUUGGCAAGUUCGACCAGAUCGCCAAGGAGCAUGAAUGCAUGCGGAUCAAGAUCCUGGGAGACUGUUACUACUGUGUCUCUGGGCUACCGCUCUCCUUGCCAGACCACGCCAUCAACUGCGUGCGCAUGGGGCUGGACAUGUGCCGGGCCAUCAGGAAGCUCCGGGCAGCCACUGGCGUGGACAUCAACAUGCGUGUGGGCGUGCAUUCGGGCAGUGUGCUCUGCGGAGUCAUUGGGCUGCAGAAGUGGCAGUAUGAUGUCUGGUCCCAUGAUGUCACACUGGCCAACCACAUGGAGGCGGGUGGCGUGCCAGGACGAGUACAUAUUACAGGGGCUACCCUGGCCCUGCUGGCAGGGGCUUAUGCUGUGGAGGAUGCAGCCAUGGAACACCGGGACCCAUACCUUCGGGAGCUAGGGGAGCCUACCUACCUAGUCAUCGAUCCCAGGGCUGAGGAAGAGGAUGAGAAGGGCACUGCAGGAGGGUUGCUGUCCUCUCUUGAGGGCCCCAAGAUGCGUCCGUCACUGCUGAUGACCCGCUACCUGGAGUCCUGGGGCGCCGCCAAGCCUUUUGCCCAUCUGAGCCACCUAGAGAGCCCUGUGUCCACUUCUACCCCUCUCCCGGAGAAGGCCCUGGCUUCCUUUGGCCCCCAGUGGAGCCUGGACCGGAGCCGUACCCCCCGGGGGCUAGAUGAUGACCUGGACACUGGGGACGCCAAGUUCUUCCAGGUCAUCGAACAGCUCAACUCUCAGAAGUAUGGAGAACAGAAGAGGACUGGGAGGGGUUGGGAGCUGGGCUUCUGUGGUACAGGAGGGAUGUGCUCCCCUAAUGACCCAGAGGGAAGGGGGGGGGGCUUCCCUACUCUACUCCAGGGAAACAUACACCUGACCACCCCUCCACCCACCUUGCCCUGUCCUUUCCUUUCCGGGGCUCAUGGCCCCCCACCUCCUACCAGACAGUGGAGGCAGUCAAAGGACUUCAACCCACUGACACUGUACUUCAGAAAGAAGGAACUGGAGAAAGAGUACCGACUCUCUGCACUCCCCGCCUUCAAAUACUAUGCAGCCUGCACCUUCCUGGUUUUCCUUUCCAAUUUCAUCAUCCAGAUGCUGGUGACAAACAGGCCCCCAGCUCUGGCCAUCACCUAUAGCAUCACCUUCCUCCUCUUCCUCCUCCUCCUCUUCGUCUGCUUCUCAGAGCACCUGACGAGGUGUGUCUUGAAAGGCCCCAAGAUGCUGCACUGGCUGCCGGCACUGUCUGGCUUGGUGGCCACACGGCCCGGACUGCGAGUUGCCCUUGGCACAGCUACCAUCCUCCUGGUUUUUGUGAUGGCCAUUCCCAGCCUGUUCUUCUUACCAGCAGCAUCAAACUGCCCUUUUGGGGCUCUCAAUGUGUCCUCCAUGGCUUUCAACAUCUCCUGGGAGCUCCCUGGGUCCCUGCCUCUCAUCAGCGUCCCUUACUCUAUGCACUGCUGCGUGCUGGGGUUCCUGUCCUGCUCCCUCUUUUUGCACAUGAGCUUCGAGCUGAAGUUGCUGCUGCUCCUGCUAUGGCUGGGGGCCUCCUGCUCCCUCUUCCUGCACUCCCACGCCUGGCUGUCCGACUGCCUCAUCGCCCGCCUCUAUCCGGAUCCCUCGGACUCCAGGCCAGGGGUGCUGAAGGAGCCCAAACUGAUGGGAGCUAUCUCCUUCUUCAUCUUCUUCUUCACCCUCCUUGUCCUGGCUCGGCAGAAUGAGUAUUACUGCCGGCUGGACUUCCUGUGGAAGAAGAAGCUGCGGCAGGAGCAGGAGGAGACAGAGACCAUGGAGAACCUGACUCGGCUGCUGUUGGAGAAUGUGCUCCCUGCACAUGUGGCCCCCCAGUUCAUUGGCCAGAACCGGCGCAACGAGGACCUCUACCACCAGUCCUAUGAGUGUGUCUGUGUCCUGUUCGCCUCAGUUCCAGACUUCAAGGAGUUUUACUCUGAGUCCAACAUAAACCACGAGGGUCUAGAGUGUCUGCGGCUGCUCAAUGAGAUAAUUGCUGAUUUUGAUGAGCUGCUCUCAAAGCCCAAGUUUAGCGGGGUGGAGAAGAUCAAAACCAUCGGUAGCACCUACAUGGCAGCUACAGGCUUAAAUGCCACCUCCGGACAGGACGCACAGCAGGAUGCUGAGCGCAGCUGCAGCCACCUUGGCACCAUGGUGGAGUUUGCGGUGGCUCUUGGAUCAAAGCUGGACGUCAUCAAUAAGCACUCUUUCAACAACUUCCGCUUGCGUGUGGGGUUGAACCACGGACCUGUAGUGGCUGGAGUGAUCGGGGCCCAGAAGCCGCAGUAUGACAUCUGGGGCAACACAGUGAACGUGGCCAGCCGCAUGGAGAGUACAGGAGUCCUGGGCAAGAUCCAGGUGACUGAAGAGACGGCCCGGGUGCUGCAGUCCUUAGGCUACACCUGCUACAGCCGGGGUAUCAUCAAGGUCAAAGGCAAAGGGCAACUCUGCACCUACUUUCUGAACACAGAUUUGGCACGAACUGGACCUCCCUCGGCCACCCUAGGCUGAGACCCCAUCAUCCUAAGAUCCUCAAUAAAAAGACUCUGGUAUGAUGGGAGCCAAUUGGUGUCAGAAGCUUCUGGUAUAGCUGCAGAUCACCUUCUCCUUGCCUCUCAGCAAGCUAAACUUGCUUCUUCCCAAGCUAAAGUGAGUGUUUGUGUAUAUGCAAGGGUGAUCAUGAGUGUGCUGGAGAGGAGUGAUUCUUUUUCACAAGCUCAAGAAGAGGACUGCCUCAGCCUCCCUGCCUGAUUCCAGUAUUUUGUACACCUUGGAAGCAUAAAGAAAUUUAGCCACAUGGCUCAAAAUAGGGAUUUGUCUUUUCCUGCUCCCCACCCACAAAUAUUGGAAAGGAAUAGCUGAGAAUGUCAUUUGACCUUUAUUCAUUCUCUAUAUACUAAACAAGCACC